AUGUCCAAGACACUGAAGAAGAAAAAGCACUGGUUGGUCAAAGUGCAGGAGUGCUCCGUGUCCUGGGGGGGCUCCGUGGAGCUGACCGCUGUCCUGGAGGUGCGAGGCGGCGCCGAGCUCGGAGAGUUCCCCCACAUCGGACGCGUGGUCCCGGAGGCGGUGGUGUGUCACAGCGGCCGGCUGCCCGGCAGCGGGGACGUGCUGCUGGAGGUCAACGGCACUCCGGUGAGCGGACUCACCAACAGAGACACACUGGCUGUCAUCAGACACUUUCGGGAGCCCAUCCGCCUGAAGACCGUGAGACCAGGUAAAGUGUUGAACACGGAUUUGCGUCACUACCUCAGUCUGCAGUUUCAGAAGGGCUCCCUGGACCACAAGCUCCAGCAGGUGAUCAGGGACAACCUCUACUUGCGCACCAUUCCCUGUACCACUCGGCAGCCCAGGGAGGGAGAAGUACCUGGAGUGGACUACAACUUCAUCAGCGUGGGGGAGUUUCAGGAGCUGGAAGAAAGUGGGAUCUUGCUGGAAAGCGGCACAUAUGAUGGUAACUACUAUGGGACCCCUAAACCCCCCGCAGAGCCCAGCCCUGUACAGCCAGACUUGGUGGACCAGGUUCUGUUUGACGAAGAAUUUGACACGGAGGUCCAGCGAAAACGUACAACCUCAGUCAGUAAGAUGGACAGAAUGGACAGCACAGCUCCAGAGGAGGAGGAGGAAGAAGAAAGACCUCCUAUGGUUAAUGGUGUGGGAGAGCACAAGGACAAGGCAGACUGGAGGAAGACUGUGCCCAGCUACAGCCAGUCAGCGGGAGCCAUGGACAUGCGGGUCUGGAACACUCUGGAUGAAAGUCAAGAGCCUUUGCCCAAGAACUGGGAAAUGGCCUAUACAGAGACUGGCAUGGUCUACUUCAUAGAUCACAACACAAAGACCACCACCUGGCUAGACCCCCGUCUUGCCAAGAAAGCCAAGCCUCCAGAGAAGUGCAUUGAAGGAGAGCUUCCCUACGGCUGGGAGAAGAUUGAGGAUCCCCAGUUUGGCACCUACUAUGUUGACCACAUCAACCAGAAGACCCAGUUUGAGAAUCCGGUGAUGGAAGCAAAGAGGAAGCUGAGUGACGACACACCCAUUGCAGUUCAGCCACCAGCAGCCGCACCCUCAGAAGAGGAACCUGCUAGAGGGUUGCGUGGUUUCACUCGAGAUCCAUCUCAGCUGCAGGGUUCCAUCUUGCAGACGUCACUUAAAAAAAGCCCGCUGGGAUUUGGGUUCACUAUCAUCGGAGGAGACCGACCGGAUGAGUUCCUUCAAGUCAAAAACGUCCUUCCUGAUGGGCCUGCAGCACAUGACAACAAGAUUGCCCCAGGUGACGUCAUCGUGGACAUUAACGGGGCUUGUGUGCUGGGGAAGACUCACGCUGACGUGGUUCAGAUGUUUCAGUCCAUCCCAAUCAACCAGUAUGUGGACCUGGUCUUGUGUCGGGGUUACCCUCUGCCAGAGGACUCUAACAGCAGCGAAGAUGCAUCAGCUUCACUCAACACCUCAAAAGAAGCUUCCCCUACCCCAUCCUCCUCCAAUCCCCAGGAGCCCCUCUUCUCAGUCCCGGAUGGAGGACACCUCUCACGCCAGGCUGCUCCCGUACCGGCCCUAAGCAACGGCGGACGCCACCAUAACCACCCACAGCAACACCAGCACCUUCCGCUCGCUCACAACCAGGAGGGCCCAGACCCCACCCUGCUACAGCCGGAGCUGGUGAGCGUACCCUUGGUGAAAGGACCAGGGGGGUUCGGUUUCGCCAUCGCAGACUGUCCCUUGGGGCAGAAGGUCAAGAUGAUCUUGGACGCCCAGUGGUGCCGUGGCUUGCUGAAGGGUGACGUCAUCAAGGAGAUCAACAGGCAGAACGUCCAAACGCUGAGCCACGCUCAGGUAGUGGACAUCCUCAAAGACCUGCCGGUGGGCAGCGAGGUCAACGUGCUGGUGCUUCGGGGAGGUCAAACUUCUCCUGUGAAAUCACUAAAACCUGAGAGAGCUAGCAUGCCCCACGCUGCGUCCCAGCACAGCCUCCAGCAUCCUCCGCACGCCGUCUCCCACCAACUGCCCCACCCGGCCUCGCAGCCCGUCGUGCAGCUGCAGCAGCGGCAGGAGAUGGCGAACAGCACAGAGACCCUCAGUCAGCCGGAGGUGCUCUCCAACGCGCUCCCUGUGUCUACCAACACCCUGCGGUCGUCUUCUCCCAAACCGGACCCGUCUGAGCUCUACCUCAAGUCCAAAGCUAUGCUAGACAGCAAGCCACCUAAUACCAAGGACCUGGAUGUGUUCAUCAAACGAAACCAAGAGUCGGGCUUUGGCUUCAGAGUCCUGGGUGGCGAGGGGCCAGAUCAACCGGUGUACAUCGGCGCCAUUGUGCCACUCGGCGCAGCCGAGAAGGACGGCCGUUUGCGGGCCGGAGAUGAGCUGCUGUGUAUAGACGGCGUUCCCGUUAAGGGCAAGUCGCACAAACAAGUGCUGGAACUGAUGACCAACGCCGCCCGGAACGGCCAAGUCAUGCUGACCGUCCGCCGGAAGCUGACACACACAGAGGGUGGCGAAGAGGAAGAGAGCGGCCAGCAGCCUCAGCAGGUGGCCUCGGCUCUGGUCAACAGCUCUCCCAAAGUGCCUCGCGUUGAGGCGCCAAACGCCGUCCAGUCUGCUCAGCUCCCCAGACCAGAGAGCUUUGAUGUUACCCUGCAGCGGAAAGACAAUGAGGGCUUUGGUUUUGUUAUCCUCACAUCAAAGAACAAACCCCCACCUGGAGUCAUACCACACAAAAUCGGUCGUAUUAUCGAGGGCAGCCCCACAGACCGCAUAGGUCACAUGAAGGUGGGGGACCGUAUAUCUGCUGUCAACGGCCAGUCCAUCAUGGAGCUGUCGCACAACGACAUCGUUCAGCUCAUAAAGGACGCCGGAAACACAGUCACGCUGACUGUCGUGCCUGAAGAAGAUGGCGCUCCUCCAUCUGGAGCAAAUUCAGUAAAGCACAGUCCCUCAAGCCAACAUAGAGCCAUGGGCCAACAGCCUUCCAGUCAUCUAGACAGGGCCGCUGAGUCUGAGAUGAGGAACUCUCUUCAACCGAACGAGAUGGCAGCAAUCGCCACAUCUGGCCCCAAACAGGGCUGCUUUGUGGUGGAGCUGGAGCGCAGUCAGCGCGGCUUCGGCUUCAGUCUGAGAGGAGGAAAGGAGUACAACAUGGGCCUGUACAUUCUGCGCCUGGCCGAGGAAGGGCCUGCUCUUAAAGAUGGACGGAUACAUGUUGGGGAUCAGAUUGUGGAGAUCAACGGCGAGGCCACUCAGGGCAUCACACACACUCGGGCCAUCGAGCUGAUCCAGGCAGGGGGCAACAAGGUUCACCUGCUGCUCCGACCCGGCCAGGGCCUCGUCCCAGAUCACAGUACAAAAGACAAAGUAGCCAUUCCGACGACAAGCUUUCCCAGACUCUCUGCAUCUGAUGACCAGUCAUCUCCAGCUUCCCCGUCCACAGGAUGGUCACCAUCUUCCUCCAAAGUAUUUGCCCCUGAUGAGCCAUCAGCCGGGGAUUACAGAGUGCCUGGUUUCCCCGGUGCUGGACAGGAGCAUGGUAGACAAGCUAACCGAUCAAGAGGACAGCAGGUCCCUACUCACAACCAUAGGCGUUCCACUAGCCCUAGAAAAACUGGGCAGAGCGACUACAAAUCAGGCAGUCCCAGGAAAGCGGCAGAAGGUCAAGUGGAUAAUGUGGAGCAUUCCCAGAACCCCCAAAAAACACUGGAGGAUGUGAGCAAGGAAAGAAAAACUCCUGGGCAGAGAGACCAGCGCUCCUCUAGUCCAAGGAAGGGCUCCAAGAGGGAGCAUGAUCCUGUCCUGCAUUCAAGGAACCCAGAAGACCCUCAGAGCCCCAGACGCCCAGCUGGACAACAACCGGCUGGGGAAGUGAAAGACUGGAGACAUAAGGGGGAGGAUGCAACUUACCCGCAGGAGAGAGGGGCUGCAGAGAGUGGAGACAAAAGCUGGGGGGCCGAUGAUUAUCACAAGAAGGGAAAGAGGGCUCAGAAAGAGGCAGCGGUGCAGAAAUCCCACAGGGAGAGGGCAGGGUCGGACGCCGAUCCGGCCACCGCCGGCCAAAGGGGCAGAAGAGAGAGAGCCGAAAAGGAAUAUCCAGAGGCCAAGUAUCAGGGGCCGGCCGAGCAAGCCAACAGAAGGGACCCCAGAGGUUCCAGCAGUAGCAUCCAGGAUCCCAACUGCAACGGGACCAGCACCAGCAAGAAGGCCCCCAUCACCCCCGGCCCGUGGAAAGUUCCCAGCUCGACCAAGAUCCAGUCCCACGUGGACUCCACAUAUGCAGACAUCUGAAAUCUCUCCAGGGCUGGAUGGAGACAAAGCUCGGCCUGCGAGAACCGAACACGGGUCGGAAAGAUCGGAUCAAAAUAUAACCAGCAACAUACCUUCUCAUUUAUACGUCUCGGUUUUUUUUUUCUCACCCAGUUUGCCUCAGACGGUUUGCACAAAGCUGCUGAUCUCUGACAUAAAACAAGUAUUUGUACUUGACUCUGCUGCACGGCCACGUCAGAUGAGUUGUGAGCAGGGUCUUUGGAUGGAAAUCUGUUCUGUGCCAAUCAGAGACUCCGGUCAAAUGGAAGCUGCUCCUGAUAGCGCUCACUGUGAAUCAGUUUGGAGGAGUCCAAAUGAAGUGCUCACCCUGUCUACCCGAGCCACAUGAAGGAAUCUGUGUUUUUUUUUUUUUCUGUGUGUUUACUUUUGAAGGAUUACAAGCAUACUCAAGCACUCACAGCUUUGAAACCGAGCAGGGUUUAUUCACUGUUAUAGUCCCAAAAGGGACCUGAGUUUUCUUCAAAUGAUCUAAUUAGACAAACAUUUUUGUUUAGUUUAGUUUUUUCUUUCAUUUUGAAAAGCCGAUGAAAGCUGUGAUUUGUGUGACUGCAUCCGAACAUGUGAAGUUAUAAAUCCCAUGUUGGUGGGAGGACUACUAUGAAGCUUUAUAUGCAUCAAUGAGCAGACCAGAUACUUGUGGUUAUAGAUCUAAUGUUUUUUUUUGUUUUUCCUUUUGUACUUGUGUUGUGAAAAUAAUGUGAGAAUUUAAGCAAACAGGAUAGUCUACACACGCGUCCAUGUCGAGUGCACUUAGGUGGAGGCCGAACAUGUAGAUACACAUCAUUGCUUAAACAAAUCCCCAUUUUAAAAGCCUCAGACUUUACAUGAUAUCUCACGGCCUGUAAGCAGCGUCAUCCAUCAUGUUGUUGACUGUUAGCAGCACUGUGCCGAUGUGUGUUUUAUUUAUUCCUUUAGGAUCCAAUGUACUUAAUCUGAAAAAUGUAAUAUUUAGCAAAGUGAUUACUCAAACAUUGAACAUAUUUAGGAUAAAUAAAUUAGCAGUCAUACGACUGAUAAAAGUACAAACUUUCCUUUUUUUAAAUUUGCAUAAAAUAUUUUGAUAUCUGUAUUUGUAUUAUAAAUAGAGGCACAAAAAAACUUCAACCCUAGUUCAAAUAUUUGAUGUACAAUGCCAGAUGCAUGCAUUGGCACUCCUGGUAAAGAUGUGCAAAAAGCCAUAAAAUCUUUGAAUAGUGUAUUGCAGAAGCAUCAUCUCAGACCGAUAUUUAAAAAAAAUACAUCCCUUGUUAAGAUAAUCAUCUUUAUGAUAAUAUAAAUAAUAAUAAAGUUGUUGUGACCCACAGCAAACCUGUCCUCCACCCUGCUUAACUGUGAGGUUUUUUUUCUUUACAUAUUUUUAUAUUUUGUUUUACAAGAAACACACCUAAAGUGUUGGCUGCCAGAAAGUUUAAUCUUACUCUUAUCUGAGCAAGAGUUUACUCUGCUGCAGCGCUUCAACCUUUACAUACCAACUUCCCUACCAUCCUCCUCACUACGAGUAGGAAAUUUGUCUUUGUCCAAGAAAAGACUUUUAAGGGUGCUCAUAACUAUUAAAUUAGAUCAAAUGUUUUCUUCACAAAAUAAUGUACUAAAAAUGUACGUUUCUUCGUCAAUGUUCUUAUUAAGAUCGUCCCACUGCAAUGAAAACAAACUUAUUUUAAGGCUUUUUACACAUCUUUUACCAACGCUGCCAAUCAUUGUGACUGGUGCUGUAUUUUACUGUAGCUUAUACUCAAAGUGUAAAUCUUAACAUGUAUUUCCAACAUGGUUGACAAGGUUGUUUCAUACACAAAACCAGACCCUUAAAAGAAUCCAACUAAAUCUUCAGUUUUGACAUGAAAGUUGCUUGUUUGUGAUUGCAGACACAUCUACAUAAUGUGAAAACGUCUGCUCUGAUUCUUUGGUAGUCUGAUCAAAAUGGGAUUCCUUCUGGUGUUAAACUAUGUAACAGUUACGAAAGCAUCGGCUACAACAACUGUGCUCCACCAACAAGAGAAAAAAAUGUAGCUUCCUACUGUGGACUAGAGUGACAUCUAGUGCUCCAACCUCUGCUCUGCACAAACAAGUCAGCUUUAACCCCAACCCUCAUCCCCCUGCCUGCAUAUGCAGACGCAACGCAUAUGUUUGUCUGUGAGGCCGCUGAAUAAUUUAUUGUCUGUUUUCACGUUGAUAUGAUGGGCUACUGUCACUUUUACUGUUCAUAUCUUUACCAUGUCUGAUGCUGUGGCCUUGCAUUGCUCCAACAUAUUUAAAAGUCAUAGUUUUGACAUCAUUGUAGUUGUAAAUGUUUAUAAAUUGUACAGCACCUGUAUAAAAAAAAUGCCUUCAUGAAGAAAAAAAAAAAUCUAUGUAAAUUGUUCCAUUAUUUUUUUAAGGGAAAUGAUAGGAAAUGUUAUGCAAUGGGUGAAAAAAAAAAUUGAUCAUGGCAUACUGUUCAUGCACUGAUAAAUAAAGGUUUACUGAUUAAACAUAA